AUGGAGUUCAAGAAAAGUAGCUUAAUUUUAGCAUUUGCUCUUAUUGCUCUAGUUUAUACCAUUGAGGCACACAUUGCCGAGUUUGAUGAGGUCUGGCAGAAGCGCUCAGAAGAAGCAAAGGAGGCUGCUCGCCAAGCUUACCAUCCUAACCCCGAAAAUGUCACUUCUCAUUUUAAUGAGAAAGUCCAUAGGUCCAUUGAUGGCCACAACAGCAGAAGAAGGGACUUGCACAAGUAUAAUGGUCCAUGCACAGCCACAAACCCUAUUGAUCAAUGUUGGAGAUGCCAGAAAAAUUGGCGUAAAAAUCGUAUGAAGCUAGCUGAUUGUGCUCUUGGCUUCGGCCGCCAUGCAACUGGAGGCAAAGGUGGCAGGAUUUAUAAGGUCACUGAUCCUUCUGAUAAUGACCUAGUCAAUCCCAAGCCCGGAACUUUAAGACAUGCCCUUAUCCAGCCUGAGCCCCUUUGGGUCAUAUUCACCAAGAACAUGGUGAUCAGGCUUAGCCAAGAGCUUAUCAUGACCAGCAACAAGACGAUCGAUGGCCGCGGCGUACAAGUCCAUAUUGCAUAUGGUGCUGGAUUCACCCUGCAAUUCGUGCAUAACAUUAUCAUCCACAAUCUUCACAUUCAUGACAUUAAGGCUGGCAAUGGUGGCAUGAUUAGAGACUCUGUCAAUCAUUAUGGCAUUCGUUCAAGAAGUGAUGGAGAUGGCAUUUCAAUCUACGGUUCCACCAACAUUUGGAUUGAUCACAUCUCAAUGUCUAAUUGCAAUGAUGGACUCAUUGAUGCUGUUCAGGCUUCCACAGCUAUAACCAUCUCCAAUGGCCAUUUCACUCAUCACAAUGAGGCAAUGCUCUUUGGUGCAAGUGAUAGCUACUCAGAUGAUUCCAUAAUGCAAAUAACUCUUGCAUUCAACCACUUUGGUCAAGGAAUAGAACAAAGAAUGCCAAGGGCUAGAUGGGGUUUCGUGCAUGUAGUGAACAAUGAUUACACACAUUGGCUAAUGUAUGCCAUUGGAGGAAGUCAACACCCCACUAUACUUAGCCAAGGCAAUCGCUUCAUUGCUCCUGAAAAUCCAUAUGCUAAAGAGGUGACCAAGAGGGACUAUGCACCAGAAAGUGUGUGGAAAGAUUGGGUAUGGAAAUCGCAGGGAGAUCUUAUGAUGAAUGGAGCAUUCUUUGUUCAAUCAGGAGAUCCCAAUCACAAUUUUGGUUCCAAUGCAGAUUUGAUCGGUCCAAAGCCUGGGGAAUUUGCAAAUAGGCUCACACGUUUUGCAGGAGCUCUAAAUUGUAUAGCCAAAAGGCCAUGUUAA